AUGUGCUCCCACAUGACUGCCGCUUUUGCAGCAAUUCCUGGCUUGCUGUUAAGAAGGUGCAAAGCAGUGAAGGAGCCCGUGAAGGAGCCCGUGAAGGACAUAUGGAACAACAUCAGUGAGCAUACACACGAGGUCGAGUGUACUGCUACUCUUCGGCAAGUCCAGCAGCUCUGGAUGGCUGUGGCGUUUGAUUGUCUGGCUGCCUUCUUCACAGUUUUUCCAAUCCUGUGUGUCCCUGCCUUCAUGUACCUGUUUGGGAAGUACUUCAUCAAGACCAAUCCUUUCAAGGAAAGAGGAGCCAACAAGGGCAAACACUUGUUGGCGGACACGUCUCGUGCUUUUGACGUGUGCUACCUUUCCAUUGGAUGGGUUUGGAUUCUCCUGGAGAGUUGCCGAUUCCAUGUCGACCUGUGGAGAUGUUGGAGCACCUGGGAGGAAAUUUCACAAAAAGACGAGUUCACGUCGCCUUUGAUUAUGGUUAGCUACGUGCAGGUUUCUUUCCUGCGGAACGCCCUGAUACAACUACCCCUGCUGUUUAUCCACAUCUUCCAACACCAAAGAGACCGGGCAGAUGUUGAUGUUCAGGAGAUCAAGAAGAAAUUCAAGGAAAAUCUUGUCGAUCACGACAGCAGAGCUCGCGAGGUGCAAGAAGUUCUGGAGAAGAUGCGUGCCACAACAGAAACGAGGGCAGACUUGCGGAAAGAUUGGCGGUUUCACGUGAUUGUCUUCUUGUGGCUGGUCUCUGCUGUGCUGCUCGUCAUUGGGAUGGGGGACCUGUCCUUCAGGAAGGAGCAUAAGGCACGUCUGGUAUUGUUUGGCGAUGAUUGGUUCUGGCGUGUACGGUCCCCUGUUGCUGCGGUCAUCAUGGCAGUUGGAUGGUUUCGGUUUGCCAUGAUGGCACUGCAGGUCGCUGAGGCCUACCGUCAGAAUGUUCACCAAGUUCUGUUAUUCUCCGUGACAACGGCGGCAACUCCUUUUGCACCACGGCCGGAGAUGUACAGUUCCCGUAGCCAACAUCGACUCGACGAGCUGCUGCCCAAGGAUGUCCAUGAGCCCGACUUUUGCCGAGAAGGCAUCAUGGCGGCCCCGUGGCGGGUGCAAAAGAAGCGUACUUGUGAAGAUGUCAUCAGCAAGGUCUUGGGCGAGAGCGGUCGUUUGGAACUCCGACAACUCCGAGACCUUCGGGCAUGGUGGCUCCUUCGGAGAUACACUGAGAUUGAUCUAGCGAAUGAGAUCGUCGAAGUUGAAAGCUCUGGGGUCAUGGUGGCAUGCCUCCUUGCUGUCUUCUUCAUGCUGGCUCUUCUGGACGCAAUCCUGCGGUUCAACUUGCUCACUUGGGGCUUUGUGCUUGUCUAUUUGGCAUCGUUCGGGCUCUGGCCGCUGAUGUGGCAGAUCUUCGAGUAUGGCAUUGAGGUCAACUCCAUCUCUGCUUUGGAGGUGCGAGCUCUGUCCGACGCCAACAUCACGCUCACGUUGUCGGAGGAUAAGCAGCGCACAAGCACAGCAUCGCUGAGGCUGAGUGCUUUGCAGAAGAAGCUGGAGGCCGACCCCCCUGCUCAGAGAUUCUUUGGCAUUGCCGUGACCGAGAAUCUGAGGACGGGCCUCUUUGUCUCAGCCUUCGUUUCCGUUUUUGCAUGGGCACGAGGUGUGCUCCAGGAGUUCGUCCUCAAUGUAGAUGCAGAUACUGUCGAAGAGGCGUUGGAGAGGUUCAUGGAAAACCGAAGUCAGCUUUUCAGCUUUUCAAGUAGUAGUUGA